AUCAAGAAACCAGUGUUAUUUUUAGUUAGCAUUAAUUUUUAAAACAUUGUUGUAUUUUUAAUUGAGUUAUUAUUAUUAUUUUUUGUUAGUCGUGACACAGCUGUUUCAUUGCAACUGCUGUUUUGUGCUGCAUAUCAAUUAUCUUAAUUCUCAAGUGAGUGUCUUGAUUAAUUUUACAAAAAAAAAAAAAAAAAAAGAAAUUAGUUGCAUAUGCAGAGAAGUUGUGUUAAAAAAAUUUAUUUACGUGUGACAAUUUCCCAAGACCCAAAAAAAUAUUUAAGACGUCUGUCAAGGUUAUCCACGUAUCUCCCAGAAUACUUGAAACAUUGUGACUUUAUCAUUGAGAGAGACAGACAUUUGUUGCGUUUCAUUUUAAUAUCAUAAAACAUGUUUAUUUUUGACUGGUUUACUGGAGUUCUUGGCUACUUGGGGCUAUGGAAAAAGGGCGGUAAAUUACUGUUUCUUGGUCUUGAUAAUGCUGGAAAAACAACACUAUUACACAUGCUCAAGGAUGAUCGACUAGCUCAACAUGUACCCACAUUGCAUCCAACAUCUGAGGAAUUGUCCAUUGGCAAUAUUCGUUUCACAACAUUUGAUCUUGGUGGUCACUCACAGGCUCGUCGAGUAUGGAAGGAUUAUUUUCCAGCAGUAGAUGCUAUUGUAUUUUUAGUUGAUGCAAGUGAUAGAUCAAGAUUGCCUGAAUCAAGAAAUGAACUUGAAGCUUUAUUGACUGAUGAACAACUCAGUACAUGUCCUGUCCUUGUUUUAGGCAAUAAAAUUGAUAAACCAGGUGCAGCAUCAGAAGAUGAACUUAGAAAUUUCUUUAAUCUUUUUGGCCAAACAUCUGGCAAGGGCAAAGUAGCUAAAUGUGAUCUUCAAGGUCGUGCACUUGAAUUGUUCAUGUGUUCAGUAUUGAAAAGACAAGGAUAUGGUGAGGGCUUUCGUUGGCUCGCCCAGUACAUUGACUAAGUAUCCACGUAAAUAUACAUUUGAUCAAUUCACUACAUUUAUCAGAAAUAAAAUCUUAAAAAAAAUCAUACGAUCUAAUCGUUAUUGAUCGAUUAAAAAAAAAAAAAAAAAUUUAACUAUUGAACAUUUUUUGUAUCUUUUAAAAAGAAAAAAAAUAUUAAAACAAAGUAAUAAUAAUUCACACAUUGGUAUCAGAGUUUAUAGUAUUUAAUUCAAAAUUAAUCUGAUAUUAGUGAAUAACAUUUUCAUCAUAGAUUAAAAAAACAAUGAAAAAAAAAAAAAAAAAAUUAAAUAAUAAAAUUAUUUUAAAUUGACAAAUUUAACAACUGAGGUUAGAUGAAUGUUUUUUUUUUUCUUCAUGUCCAGUUGAUUACAAUAAACACCUGUUUUAGUUUAUUUAAAAAAAUAAAAUAAACAUUAAAAUAAUGGAAUGAAAAAUAUUAAAAUAAAAAAUAAAAAAAAAAAAUUAACAUUUUGAUAAAUAAAUAAUACGUACGAAUUUAUUAUUUAAAAUAUUUUUCUGGGAGUUUUUUUAUUUAUUUUUCUUUGUUUUUUUUUUAUAUACGUAUGGUACAAUGUAAAUAAAAGCUUAUUUGCUUUGAACAUUGUGAAUAAAAUUAAACAUAUUUUGUUCAUACAAUACUAAUUUUUGGUCGUCGAAUAUAAUUAUUAAUUUAUAAAUUAUUUAUUUUUAAAAAAUUAUGCUGAAAAAAAUAAUUUAUUUUAAAUAGUUACUUGUUUGUCUUUCUUAUCUAUCUGGUAGUUUUUUAAUUGAGCUAAAUAGGAUAACAAUAAAUUAAUGAAUCAGCUGUUUUUCUGAUACGUUGAGUAAUCUUUAUCGUGUCAUUAUUGCCAUUUUUGCUUACGUUAUUAUAUUUCCGGAAUCAUGUGAUUAUUAUCAAUGAAAAUAAUUGUUCACAGUGUUUUAAAUUUAAUUUAAUAAUAUAAAUACUAAUUGAAAUUAAGUAAAAAAAAAUAGAAUAAUUUUAUAAAGCCAGUAUAAUUUCCUGUUAGUUAAUCAAGUGCUGGGGAAUUCCACUUUGGUUCAUUGUCUUUAUUGAUUAUUCGAGCACAUAAGUCCUCUUUAAAGUUUGAUUUCUUUAUUAAUAUAUUGUUUGCAAUAUUAAUCUCCACUUUGAGACAGUUAA